AUGCGGGAAUAUAAGAUUGUCGUGCUGGGGAGCGGUGGUGUGGGCAAAUCCGCUCUGACAGUCCAAUUCGUUCAAGGGAUUUUUGUGGAGAAAUACGAUCCCACGAUUGAGGACAGCUAUAGGAAGGUUAGUUGUUUGUUUACCGACAUUGCGAAGAGAAACCAAGUCCAGCAAUUUCAGCAAGUGGAAGUAGACGGUCAGCAGUGUAUGCUGGAAAUCCUCGACACAGCCGGCACGGAACAAUUCACGGCAAUGCGCGAUCUCUACAUGAAAAAUGGCCAGGGUUUUGUCUUGGUCUACUCGAUCACCGCUCAGUCCACUUUCAAUGAUCUCAUCGACCUUCGCGAUCAGAUCCUUCGAGUGAAGGACAGUGAAGAGGUGCCAAUGAUUCUGGUCGGAAACAAGUGCGACCUCGAAGAUGAGCGUGUGGUCGGCAAGGAUCAGGGACAAAACCUCGCCCGACAGUUCGGUUCAGCCUAUCUUGAAACCUCUGCUAAAGCGAAGAUCAAUGUGAACGAGGUGUUCUACGACCUGAUUCGGCAGAUUAAUCGUCGCUAUCCUGACAACGGAAAACGCCAAGGAGAAACGUCCAAACAGUGCUGCACAUGUGCGAUAUUAUAA